AUGCCGUGCCGCCGUGAGAGGGGAGGGGGUGUGAGAAGCCGAAUUCGCUGACGACGGCUGGCGGUUUGACACAGCAACUAUGAGCCUUGGGAGCUGGGAACGAGCGACGCGGUGCUGCACAGGAGACUGGGGUUGGAUGGGGCUAAGUGCUGAGUGCUUGGGGGGACAGGGAGGGGUGGUAUCCAUCUCAUUUUCAUCUCUUCGACCUGGAUCAUCUUUUGGAACCCCUACUUUUUUGCAACUUACCACUUACAAGCGGGCCCGGCGGAGGGUGCCCGGUUACCUUUUUAAUGAUGGAUUCGAGAUUCUUUUUUCUUUUCUUUUCUUUCCCCCCCUGAACAUGUUCAACCGCCUUACGCAGUAUGUCCACCUGAUUCCUGAUACCCAUUUGGCUACCCACCUGCUUAUUUGUGUGCCCCUCAUCUCUAAGUUGGUACGUGUCGGUCUGGGGCGUGUACGGAUACAUCAGGAACGAACAGACAGGUACAUUCCACCCACUGUUUACCUUGUACCCAGGAGGAAGGAGAUAGGCCUGGUCGGCGGUGCAGAUUGAGUUGACAGGGUUUCUUGUGUCCGUGGAGUGCGUGCGAUUCUGUUUUGCUGCAGUACUUAGCCUUCGCAACCUGGAACCUUCACAAUUGUG